UUGCUGGAAAUAAAGAUAAGAGUUUGGUUUGAAUAUGCUUAGCCAGAAAUGAUGGGAUAUUUAGGUGGUAGAAAAUAUCCACUGGGCUUCUGGAAAUAUGGGUGAUCUAUUAAUUCCUGACAUCUAGAAUGGGGCAUUCUUGGAAUACAAUUAUCCUACAGAUGUAGGCAGGAAGGGUAAGUAUGUCAACAGGAGGAAAAUAAUGUGCUGUUGAGAAUAAAGGGUCGUGGAUUAAGAAUUACAUCUCAAAAGCAUGGGACUAUGGACCAGAGAAGAUAGAUAAGGGAGUGAAGGAGACAGAAAGAGGAUUUGAGAGGUAGCAAGGGAAUGAGGAUAGAAAGUCACAGGAGGUGAGGGAAGGCUCAAGAAAGACUUGGAAAUAGCAGGCUCAAAGGCUCUGGUGUGGACAAGGAAAAUAAGAAAGGUGAGAUGGUCCCUAGGGCCACACUGAUGACUCUCAAGGUUGUAUUCCACACAGAAAAAAGUAUCUCUGUCACAAAAGGAAAGAGGAAUGGGGUCAGGACAGUAAAACACAAACAAAUCAGCUGUCCACCGUAGACACUAACAUUUGACUUCUUCUAAAUCUUGGUGGGAAAAUUCUGGGCUUUGGAGUUACGCAAGUAGGCUUAAAUCCAGGUUCUCUCACUUCUUUAACGUGGAUAAUAAGCCUAAUGUGUCAAGUGAGGAGACUAAAACCUACUUAACAUGCUUAUUGAAACAUGCAAAUAUGGUAACAUGUAUGAAGAAUUUAGCCCACAGCCUGGCCGAUAAAGCUUGGUAAAUACUAAUUUCCUGGUCUUUUCCUCACCUUUCCAAAUGGUCUACCUUUAUGCAUAAGAGGAGGGUGUGUGUGUAUGUGUACAUUUUGGAAAGGGGUAUGGGAGUAGGGAGAUAAAGAUGGUAAAAGAGGGAGCAGGAGAUUGAGAGGAAGAAGUGGCAAUGAGUGGCUGUAGACUAUUUGAUAAAGAAGCUUGGUUGUGAAAUGAGAAGUAUGGGACAUUAGAUAGAGUAAGUGACAAGGUAAAGCUGUAUUUUCGAGAUAGGGAAUUGUGGGUUUGUUUGAAGGCAAAACCAGGGGAGGAGAGAACUUGGAGCAAAUGGAGAAGGAUGAGGAGGCAAUAGGAUCAAGAGUAGAGACGGAGUGGUCAAGAAGAAUAUCUGAUCCCAUAUCACUCGCUCUAGGGAAGCUAAAUACUAUAUGAGGACAUCCAGUCAGCCGGUGGAAGGGCCCACCUGAAGAGGCACUGAGUCAGCACCAUGAAGCCAGCUGCCUAAGUAUGACUAGAGGGAUAUUUGCUAAUCUGCACCUCUUUGACAGCACUCAAAACUUUUCUCUCCUCUUAAUGGCUCAAUGUACCAAGAACAUGGUCCAAUCAGUGUCUUCUUUAAAAGAGUUAUGUAGACUCUCUUCUCUCCCUACCUCAAUUUACCUGAAGAAAAAAAAGAGGAGAGAAAGAGUUAAGAGUGAAAACUGUGUGUUCCCUCCACUGGUCUCCCAGCAUGUGAUAGGACAAAUCUCAGGAAUUUUCUGGGAUCUUGGACCAACAAGAAGCCAGAGACAGGUGUCCUUUACAGAAUACCAGCGUAGAUGGGGUUGGUGAAGUUGCACCAUCACUGGGUGGCUUACUUAAAGUUACAUUAAUCCAUUUGGGUAUAGUUAUAGAUUAUGACUUGACAGCCAGGAGCCUGGAGUACUGGUUCCAGCCUUAUAAAAAUCAUCUACGGUGGGAGUAAGAAUGGUUCUUAACUUCCCUUUAUAAGCCUUCCUCACCCAACUUCUUUACAUUCGGCAUCCCCCAGCUAGACUGAUGGGUUUUACAUAACAUAAUAUGUUUGUGUAAAUGAUAAAAUAUUAUUGCAACACAAAUAAAAUUUUAUUCACAACAGUCUGUUCCCAGUAAAGUAUUUCCACAGCACUCCUAAAAUAUAGUGUUGUGAAAAGUAGAAAGAGAAGACUUCUGCCAAGUGGAACUCAUCAUUGGGUCAUCUUUGCUAAACACCAUCUGGGAAGAAGCUCUGGCAUGUGUGGAUCGUGAAUUUGCUCAGGCAAAUCAGACUUCACAAGGAAUAAUUGGACGUGAGGCCUAGGAUGGAAGAGCCAGCACCAGUGGAAGGCCAGGGCCAGCUCCCAAGCCCCCACCAGGGCUCUCUGAGAAAGGCCGUGGCUGCCGCCCUGGCCCUGGAUGGAGAAUCCACAUUGGGUCGCAGGAAAAAGAAGAAGAAGGAGUCCCGCCCAGAGUCUAUCAUCAUCUACCGUUCAGAGAAUGAGAAACUGGGUGAGGAGCCUGAGGAACCAGAAGGCAGAGACCCGCGUAAAGAGGAGGAGGGAGAUGACUUCCUGGACUACCCUGCAGAUGAUGGUAUGUGGAAUAUGCCUUUGGACAGUUGCUAUGUCACAUUAACUGGGACCAUCACACGGGGGAAAAAAAAGGGUCAGGUGGUGGACAUCCACGUCACACUGACAGAGAAGGAGCUGCAAGAAUUGACCAAGCCUCCAGAGGCAACAAGGGAAACAACACCGGAAGGCAGGAAGGCCUGCCAAAUGGGAGCAGACCGCGGGCCCCAUGUGCUCCUCUGGACCCUGGCUUGCCUGCCAGUGGUGUUUAUCCUCUCCUUCGUUGUCUCUUUCUACUAUGGCACGAUCACCUGGUACAACAUCUUCCUUGUGUACAAUGAGGAGAGAACCUUCUGGCACAAGAUCGCAUGUUGCCCCUGCCUCAUUCUCUUCUAUCCGGUGCUCAUCAUGGCCAUGGCCGCUUCCCUGGGCCUCUAUGCUGCUGUGGUCCAGCUCUCGUGGUCCUGGGGAGCAUGGUGGCAAGCUGCCCGGGACAUGGAGAAAGGCUUCUGUGGCUGGCUCUGCAGCAAGCUGGGGCUGGAGGACUGCUCUCCCUACAGUAUUGUGGAGCUUCUUGAAUCUGACAAUAUCUCAGGCAAUCUCUCCAACAAGGACCCCACCCAGGAAGUAGAAACUUCCACUGUCUAAACUUUAAACAACUUCCUUCCUUCUGUGGUUUCAGGAGCCUGAACAUCAUCUUCCAACUCCAGUAAUUCCUUAAAUUAUCUCCUCCCCCUCAUAGUUCUUUUGGAAAAUUCUAAUCCACACUGAUCUGUCCUACCAUUUUAAUGGUUCCAGGCAGCCAGGGAACAGAAAAGCAAUGCAUGCCAAAGCAGUCCAUCCCACGGAUGAACUCUUCUUCAUGUGACGUCCUAAAGUGGCCAUUCAUCUGGGACAGGGAGUACAGCUGUGUGCUGAAGGUGUGCUGGUGCCGGGCACCCAGGGGAGUGUUUGACUAACUGUGACAGGGAAGAUAAGGAGGCUUCAGGGAGACCACCAAUAAGUCCACCAAUAAGAUAACAGAUAGGCAUGGAGGGCAACAUUUCAGAAGCCGGGCUUCUGCAGUGCAGCAGAAUGUAAAGAUCUGUGUAUAUCACUUAGAUUUUUAUUUAGCUGCAUAUAAUUAAAAUCCAAAAAUAUCCGUGGUUUAAACAAGAUGGAUGUUCUUUCUUAUGCAGGAGAAAUCUGGAAGCAGAUCACCAGGGGCCCUGAUGAAGUCACUGAGGUCUCAGGCUUCUUUUAUUCCCCUACUGUUAGUAGAAUAUGGUCCACAUUGCCCUGAUGUCAGGGCUGACUACAUCUCCAGCCAUGACGUCCAUAUUUUUGAUAGACUAGAGGAAGGAUCAAAAAAGAGUCCCUUUUCUCUGUUUAAGGAGACUCCCAGAAGUCCCACUCAACACUUCUUAUGUCUCAUUGUUCAGACCUUAGCCACAGGAGCCAAAGAGGCUGGGAAGUGUAUUCUUUGGGCUGGGCAGCUAUACUAUAGGCUAAAUAUUUGGGUUCUGGUGAUUUAAGAGAAAAGGAAAGAAUGGCUAGUUUUGUAGGAAAGUGAGAAUACUGUGAGGAAAGCCUCAUAGUAGUUAUUUAGAUACCUUCAAACCCAAACUGCUAAUAUAGUUUUUAUUUACUGAUUUGGCCUGAAUCUUACACAGAGAAUUUGUACAUAGAUACUAGCUCCAUUUACCUUGUAUGUACUAUAUAGAUGUUAGCAACUCAUGUGCUUUGCAAUGUAAUGUCAUGUGGUUUCAGGUUUUUUUAGAAAGGGAGAGUGAAUAGUUGAAUACAAUUUUGUAAUAGAAUGACGUUUUUCCUGGUGGUGAAGGUGGGACUGGGUGGUGAUAUUUAGUCUAAUCUGAGAUUAAAAGAGUAUGAAGGGAGGGACUGCAUCCGUCAAAACCCCCCAACAUGGAUCAGUAGCCUGAAGCACAGAGAAGACAGAGUUCACUUUCUGUUGUUUGGGAAAAACCUCACUCAGAGCUUUACCCACUCAGACCUUUCCGGAGUUUUAACAGUCUUCGCUAUGUUGAGAAGCAUGUGUCUUCCUGGCCCACUGUGGAAUGUAAACCAGAUGAAUUCAGAUGAAUUCUGAACUUUUUUUUUUCUAAUUCACUCCUGAAAGUGUCUUUGCAGUUUCAACAAAAUUGAAUCCUUAGAGGUCAAGCAGAUUUUAGAGGUUUGAAUCCUUAAAAGGAUUACAGGUGCCCAUUUCUUGUUCAUGUCUCAGGAAGAAGCUGUUGAAAGGACUGCAUUGAAUCAAACCAGACAGGACGGGCAUGCUCUCGCACAGAGGCCAGGGACAUUUGCCCAACAUAUGGGGAACUCCACCUUCAAGAACUGUUUCUUUCUUAUAACAAGUAAUAUUUGUUUGACAAAAAAACAAAACUCUGCAGUUUUUAAGAUAACCUUGGUGCUCUCUGGUACUUUUGCAAAAAUAUAAACAAUUGAAAUGAAGACAAAAUAAAAAUAAAAUCUGAUUAACAUUUG